UACUGUUGCCAUGGUAACUCUCCGAGAUCCGAGCUCGGUGUUAAAACUCCAAUCUGAUCUUCGUGAGUUCACGUUUUUACCUGUGAGACUGAAGUCCCGGAUGCUGCCGUCAACCUGUGGAGGUGCUGCGGAACCAGCCGGGACAACGGCUCAAAGCAGCGGGAACAGAGUCACGCUGGCCGGUGACGGUGGACGCGAAGGGCUCGGUGUCCAGGAGUGGUCCGACGGGUCCAGAUAUGAGGGGGGGUUUGUUGACGGUCUCAAACACGGUAAAGGAAGGUACACCGGUAGAAACGGAGAGUAUUAUGAAGGGUCUUUCUUCAAAGACUACAAGCAUGGCGACGGGCUGUGGUGCUGGCCGACAGGCUACCGGUUCACGGGGAGGUUCUACCUGAACAGAAAGGAAGGGUAUGGUCAGGAGGUCUUCCCAAAUGGAGAUACCUUUCAGGGGUUGUAUUACCGUGACCAGAGGUUUGGUCCAGGUGUGGCGACCUAUUCGGAUGGGCGGCAGGAUGUGGGUCUGUGGCUCGGCCACCGUUUACUGAAGCUCUGUACCUCGGCAGAGGAAAGCUUUAGUUUGAGCGACAUUACCGGAUAUUCCACCUUUUUGCAGCCUUCCGUCUGUGCAGCCUCUGCAGAGUCUCAGUCUUUCCUAAGUGGUUUACACACAAAAGACGGGACAAACUUGAAGCAGUAUAUAGAUCUGCUGGGAGAUGAGAGUUUUAUCCUGCCCCCUGGGAUGGAGCAUUACUCUACAAAUGGUGACCACUUGCCGCUCCCUCCUGGCCGAAGAAGAGUGCUGGAUCAGCUCUUUUACGGUGAACACUGGGAGCCGGAUCCAUACCAAGGUUAUGAAAGGGAUCCACUCUCCACUCUUCCCUUGCAGGCCCGAAUGCAGGCUCACAUACACAAGCACAGGCUGAUGGCUAAACAUGUUGGCUGGGAUGUUGCAGCUGUUCUCUCUAUGAACAGAGAAGGUUUUGGUCCCAAAGGACCCGUGGAGGUCCAAUCAGAGCUGUUUAUUCAACACAGCUCCAGAGGGCAGUACUGGGACGUGUCUCGGAUCUUCCAGACUCGUAUAGUUCAUCCUGAUGUAGCGAAUUCACAAGGACACACCGCACUGAUUGCUGCAACCGUCAACUGCCACGAUGAUGUGAUCCAUCUGUUGCUGGAUAUGGGUGUUGAUAUUAACAAGUUGAACAGUGAAGGCAUGUCUGCUCUAGCUGUGUGCCAAGUCCUCCUAUACCCCUCUCUUCACACCAUUUUGACCAAACCACCGGUUAUGAUGUCUCCAUCUUUAAGUGAAAUCAAUUCAGUGCUUAGUGAGCUUGACCUAACAUCACUCACACCUGUACUAAACAACGACACUGAGAAAAUCAAACUGGAGGAGGUUGAUGAACAGGCAGAAGAUGGUGAAGCAAGAAGAGACCAGGAUGCUGCUGAUGUGGAGCACUCCAUUCAGAACAAAGAUGAAGACCUGACCCAAAAACAGAGCGCCGACUCUACCAGUUUGCUCAGCAGCGUUAAUGCAACAAAAAAUUUUCUUCAGUGUUCAUCAGAGGUGUUGAAUCACACGGGAUUUCCUCUGAGCUGUGACACACAGGAGACUGUGUGCAGAGUGCCAGCCAUGAACAUUGAGCGCCACAUGCGUUUGAAAACCCUAAAGGUGCUACUUGAACGAGGAGCUGACCCUAACCUGGCCAGGGUUCCCUUACCUGUUCUGUUUUUAGCCAUUAUGGCAGGUGACACUGAAGUUGUCAAGACACUGCUGCUGUUUGGUGCUCACACUGACGUCCCCCUUCCACCAGAGUACAAAGGCUUGUAUCCCCUGCAUGUUGCUGCAGCGCUUCCAGGUCCACAAGGUCCAGUAAUCACAGAAAUUCUUAUUCAAUCUCUACCUGACCUGGACCUAGACCUGCAGGCAUGUGAUGAGGACGAGAUCUAUGAACCAGAUAGGAUUUCUAUGAUGGCCUUGAAACUUCGGAGCUCCAGAGAUAGCCCGGGACUUGGAAAAGGGGGUCGAACUGCCCUGCAUGUGGCGUGCCAGAGAGAAUUUGAUUACAUGAACGCCAGUAAAGUGGUGUCCAUCCUGCUGUCUCACCGUGCCAGCACCAACCUCCUCUGGAGUGGACACUCACCCCUCUCCUUAGCUGUAGCCAGUGGCAACCACCUGGCAGUGCAGGAGCUUUUAAACGGAGGUGCAGACCCUAACACACCUCUGGGCCCCACGGUCGGCAGUGCACUUUGUGCCCUCAUAAACAUUAACUACAACUUUGGCGAAAACAAAAUGAAAAUUUUGGACAUGUUGAGCAACGCUGAUGCUGAUAUCUUUAUGCCAGUGAAGGUGGACGGUGUUGAGGGAACUGUUUUUGACUAUGCUCACUCCAUCCUCAAAGAGAACUUUGAUUUGGAUCACACUCAAGCCCACACAUUUGGUGGGAAGGAGAGGAAAGUUUUGGAAGCACGCCAGCUGCAGAAUGCAAUGGUUAAUUUGCUAAGACACAAGUGUAAAGGCAUGGGUGCAGAGGACCUUAGCCCAGAAAGCCAAGAGUCAGCAGAAACGAGCAGGCUGCCAGGGUUCUGCUUUUUCUGUGGCUGCUCCAUCUCCAAGAAGUUGACGGCUUGCACACAAGACCAUAAAGUCUUCUGCUCCAGAACGUGUAAAAACAAAGACAAAGUGGUGCAUGUCCCAGCCAACAUGAAGGAAAACUACAGUUUCAACUAACGGAUCCUAAAACCCACCACUUCAAACUAACAAGAGUCACAUAUCUGAUGUAAACGGAUGCAUCUGUCAUCACUAGCCAAAUGUACUCUUUUUGAUUUUCUGGAACAUUUGUGCCAUAGUCACCUAUUCUUUAUCUGUUUUGGAUCUGUUUUCUGUGUUGAAUAGUAUUUUACUAAUGUUGUCAAAAUGUUCAUCAGUUUUUGGGAUGAUUCUCAGAAAUGGUUAUAAUUCAAAAUCAUUAUUAAGAGCACUUUUUUUAACCAUAAUUACCAAAAAAAAGUUAGACCAAAAAUGAAAAUGAUUUAGUUAUUUGUAUAUUUUGCUAAAUGUGUUAUUUUAUUAGCUUAUUAGUAGUUCUUAUCAGUCGAUGAAAAUCUGGGUUUCUUUGUGGUCAGCAGCAAAAACACCUGAGAAAUGCAGAUUUUUAAAAGAGAUGAAAAUGUUUAUUUUGACAAUUACUUUUUAAUAAAAUCAGUUGAAAACUGUAA